GGCCCCCUGGUGGGGAGAAAGCUCUGAAACCCUGAGGAAAGGACCCGGCUGGAGAGAUGCUGGCCCCGGGGGAAGUGAUGGCCGCGGUGGUCCCAAAGCCCCGAGCGCUUUGGCUGCACAAACAAGGCGACGGCCUGGCCCUGGACGCCCCCGGCGGGCAGGAAGGCGCGGCGGCUGCCGAGUCCUCGGACCCCGAAGCUUCUCGCCAGAGUUUCCGGCACUUUCAGUACACGGACGUGGCCGGGCCCCGCAAGGCCCUGAGCCAGCUCCGAGAACUCUGCCUGCAGUGGCUGAGGCCCGAGAUUCAUAGCAAGCAUCAGAUCCUGGAGCUCUUGGUGCUGGAGCAAUUCCUGACCAUCCUGCCCAGGGAGAUCCGGGCUUGGGUAAAGUCCCAGCACCCCGACAGCAGCGAGGAGGUGGUGAGCCUGGUGGAGAACUUGGCCCAUGGACACGAGGCAGAAGCUCAGCCUUCUCAAGGCCCUGGCUUUUCUCACCCCAGGAGCCCCAAAGAUGAACAAAGGCCCAGUGUUUUCUUUGCCACCAGUUCUCAGGAUGAAUGGGUGCCCAUGGACUUGGCUCAGAGCUGCAGGGAAACCGAGCAUGAGAAGCAUUGGAACCUCCCACCGUUGGGGGCCCCAGUUCCCAAACCUGAUGUGAUCCCUGAGCUGGAUGCAGGGAAGGAACCCCGGGUCUCGGCUGUCCAGGGACCAGAAGAGCUCCUGGGCCCAGAGAGCGACUGUCCAGCCUGGGAGAGUAGAACGGAGGUGAAGGGGCCGGCUGCUCCGGAAGAUGUUGCCAAAGCGCUCACGCUCUCCGGAUCAGUAACAAGAAGGCCCAGAAGGAACAUGGCCCCGGGUUCCACAUUAAGAGAAGUAGCUGAAAAUGAGGACAAAUUGGGGAGACAGAAGGAUUCUUCAGAGUUCACCCUGGCCCUGCUCAGCCUGGAUGGCGUCGUCCUCUCCCCAACAGAGAAUGACUUUGUCCUCCACGUCAAGGAGGAACUGGACCGAUUCCUCCUGCAGAAGCAGCUGUCCAGAGUCCUUCUCUUCCCACCCCUCUCAAGUCGCCUCCGGUACUUGAUCCACCGAACGGCCGAGAAUUUCGAUCUCCUGAGCAGUUUCUCGGUCGGGGAAGGCUGGAAGAGGAGGACUGUCAUCUGUCACCUGAAUAUCAGGUUACCGAAUCUGGAUAACUUCUCUCCCUCCUGCCUGACCCCCGGCCGCCAGAUCAGAUCCCGGAGGACGCGGCCCAGCGCCGGCCAGGAGGCCGGCUCCGGCUCGUGGGGUCCGCGGCCGGGCCGGAGGCAGCGAGGCCGCAAGCCCGACCAGGCCCUGUACGUGCCCCGGGCGCUGCGCAGGAAGGCCGAGCAAGUUCCCGACCUGGGCCCGCUCGAGGCGGACAUCGGAGACGGGCACAGGGACCCCGCCGGAGAGCUCCCGGAGCAGCCCGGAGACGUCAGCGGGAGCGACCCGGACCCCGACUCGGACGCCAGACUCCCCCAGCAGGCAGGGCCUGAGGUGGCAGGAGAUCUAACAGAGCAGAACCAAACGGGCCCGUGUCAGCCGGACUCAGAGGAGCCGGGGCCCCCCGAGAGCCCGUCCCAGGAGGGGGACAGCCCGGAGGCAGAGGACAAGGUGCAGCUCUCCGUGGAGGAGGACAGGAAGGACCCCCCGGGGAAGAGAGUGGAGGAGGAGGAAGAGGGCAGCUUCUCGGAGGACGAGAAUGUUGGGCUGAUACAGGAGAUCCUGGAUAACCUGGUGGACCGGGAGAUUCAGAUUGAGAAGAUCCACUUGGACAGCUGCUACCUAGAGGACGAGCUGUCGUGGGGGGAGAACGGCUUUGGCCACGUGGUGGAAAUCUAUGGGUUCGAGCCGUCCCUGAAGACGGAGGACCUUCUGGAGGUGUUCGCGGAGUUUCAGGAGAAGGGCUUCAAGAUCCAGUGGGUGGACGACACUCACGCUCUGGGCGUCUUUCCCUGCCUGGCAUUAGCCAACGAAGCCUUGACCAGGGAUUUCCCGACAUUAAAGAUCCGUCCCCUCACUCAGGGAACCAAACAGUCCAAGUUCAAAGCCCUCCAGCGUCCAAAGCUCCUGCGUUUGGCCAAGGAACGGCCCCAGACCAGCACAGCCGUGGCCCGGAGGCUGGUGGCCCGGGCCCUGGGCCUCCAGAGGAAGUACAAAGAACAGACAAAGGGCGAGCCCCCCGCCGCCCAGCCUUGAGUCGCCGUGCUCGCCGGCGGAGCGGCCUCGGCCCGGUUUCCAGGACUCUGGGGGCUGGCCCCCCUUAGACCGGGCCCAAGGACCAGCUCCAGCCAACACCAUCACCGAGAGGUCGCCAGCCCCGGUCCAAGCCUGGGGGCCUCGAGUAUAUUUUUAGAUGUUGAGAAGAAAAUAAAAAGUGGACUGGAUGAAAGUUAAA